CACCUGAUAAGCUACAACUCAUACACCAUGCAGCCAACACGAGAUAGCUCUAAGUUGGGAGUUCCACGUACAGCAUAUCCCGCGUCCAUCCAUUCCAAUAAUACAUUCAGACGUACUACUCUGGGUGGGGCCAGUGACCGAUACCUAUCACGAACAAACACAGGUACCACUGAUCCAUACAUUGCUGCCACCAAUGCAGAAUCACAAAGUAUAGUAACUAUGGACAAGAUCCCUAGUGCCAAACCCAGUGCAACAUACCUGGACUUAUUAUGGACACAGAUUGAUGUAUUGGAUGACGUGCGGAACAUGGCAAGUGAAGUACGGAAUAGAGGGUCAUUCUUUAAUGAUAAGUUUAAUGAAGAGUUAUCAAAGUUGAAGCAGUCGCAGAAUAAGUUAUUGGAGACAAUGUCUACUCAACAUUUUUCUGAUUUGGAUGCAAGUGAACACCAGAAACAGUUGUAUCACUUAAGUAGAAUGGCGCCAGUAAGACAAAGUUCGGGCAAUCUAUUAGAUGAAGAGAAUAUCGUGCAUGAAAAUGAAGAAAGCAAAGAUGCAUUUGAACAUAAAAAGCGUCAGCAAGAGAAGAUUAAUGUGUUUUUCAAAGAGGAUGAUUUGGAACUUAAGAAUCAGACUAUAUAUAAAAAGCAAAACUUUGAUGAUGUGAAUCAAUAUGUGCUGGAAAUUAAACAGGAUUUGCAAGUUUUGGGAGAAUCAAUGAAGCAAUUUGAUGAGAGUACAAGAGAGAUCUGGUGAUGUAAUUUCAGUACUAUAUGGCGAUUGCAUGCAUAUUGAGUGGAUGUUGCAAUCUGAAAAAGUAAUUUCCACUCUUGGAAAGACUAAAGCUAUUGGAAGUUGGCUGUAUAUAUAGGACUAAGUUUUUGUUGCCAGUAGUUCCAAACCAUAUAAUUUGUGUUUCUGGAAGCACUUUAGAAAAAGCAGGGGUCCCUAGCUUGUCUUUGCUGUGGGCUAGUGACUAUUACUGAUGUCGCGUAUGGUUUAUAGAAAUAUAUUAGCGUAACCAGUUGGGUGUUAUGCAAGUGCUCGCCGCAUUUCUC